CACCACCCAGCAGCAAAGCAAAGCGACCCGCCCUCGGAACGACAGACGUUGCGUCGUCGCCACCAACAUCUUCACCGAAUAUCCAUCCACCCGCCAGCCACCACUAUUAAAACCAACCGCCCGCCCCGUGUUAUCCGGUUUCCCGUUCCAGCACGAGCAAUACUCCUGCUGUUUAUAAGCCCCAUGGGAUAGACAGAUACUAGAUAGAUAUUUGGGAAGGAAUCCGGUAUAUGGGCGGAUCCGACGCAGCCCCAGCCGCAAGGGACGACGCCCAGGUCGUGGUGGUUGUGGGAUCCCCCGUCGACGGCUCCCCCUUACCCUCCGCUCCCCCCCUCGUUGCCUCCGCGCCGGCCUCCACGCCAACGGAGGAGGCGGAGGCGGAAGCUAAGCGGGAGCUCUCGGCGCCUGCUCCGCCCGGGGCUCUAGCGGUGGAAGGUAAGCAGGUGGAAGCGGCGGCCGCGGCGCAGGCCAUGGCGGUCACCGUGGUGCGGGACAUCGAGGCGGGCCCCGAAGCCAGCACCAGCGGCUUCGCCGACGACAAGCCCUCCUGGUUCACCCCAAAGAGAUUACUUGUGAUGUUCUGCAUAAUCAACAUGCUAAAUUAUGUUGACCGGGGGGUAAUAGCAAGUAAUGGUGUCAAUGGCAGCCGUGGCAGUUGUUCUGGUGGCACAUGCUCAUCAGGUUCUGGAAUUCAGGGUGAUUUCAGUCUAACCAACUUUCAAGAUGGCGUGUUGUCCUCGGCAUUUAUGGUAGGGUUGUUGGUGGCUUCCCCGAUAUUUGCGUCAUUGGCAAAAAUACACAAUCCUUUCAGGCUUAUUGGCGUCGGAUUGUUAGUAUGGACUAUUGCAACAGCUGGCUGUGGGUGCUCGUUUGAUUUCUGGUCAAUUACUAUAUGUCGCAUGUUAGUUGGUGUUGGUGAAGCUUCGUUUAUAAGUCUCGCAGCUCCUUUCAUUGAUGACAAUGCACCAGCAGCACAGAAAACUGCAUGGCUUGCUAUGUUCUACAUGUGUAUACCCACUGGGAUAGCACUGGGUUAUGUUUAUGGUGGGUUGGUUGGAGGUCAUCUGCACUGGCGUGCUGCUUUCUGGGGAGAGUCAAUUUUGAUGCUUCCUUUUGUCAUUCUGGGCUUUGUGAUAAAGCCACUAGAGCUCAAAGGAUUUACUCACAACAACAAGACAAAAGAGUAUGGUCCAAUGCUCAGUCCGGAGCUUCAAGAUGAGACAAGUAAUAACGGAAUAAAGCAGGGUAUGCCUGCUGUAGUUGAGGGCCUUGCAAAAAAGCUUCCAGAAAAGUCUUCCCUCUCCAGUUUCGGGACGAAAGUUAUGAUUGAAAUCCAUCAUUUUGGGAAAGAUAUGAAAGAAUUGCUACAAGAGCGAGUCUAUGUUGUCAAUGUUGCAGGUUACAUCUUCUACAACUUUGUGAUUGGUGCCUAUUCCUACUGGGGUCCCAAGGCUGGUCAGGAUAUCUACCACAUGGCCAGUGCAGAUCUAAUGUUUGGCGGAAUAACAAUAGUGUGUGGAAUAUUUGGAACCCUUGCAGGGGGUUUCAUCCUUGACAAGAUAAACUCUACAAUUUCUAAUGCUUUCAAGCUUCUUUCUGGCGCAACUUUCCUAGGGGCGAUAUUUUGUUUCGGUGCCUUUUGUUUCAAGAGCCUUUAUGGGUUCAUACCCUUUUUUUCAGUGGGGGAGCUCUUGGUUUUUGCAACUCAGGCUCCAGUAAACUACAUAUGCCUUCAUUCUGUGAAACCAAGUUUGCGGCCAUUAUCAAUGGCUAUGUCUACUGUUUCAAUCCAUAUAUUGGGUGAUGUGCCUUCCUCACCCCUUGUUGGGUUAAUUCAGGACAAACUCCAUAACUGGAGAAUAACGGCGCUUUUGUUGACAUCCGUCUUCAUUGGUGCAUUUGGAUUUUGGUUUUGGGGCAUAUUUUUGAAUAGUGUUGAUCGUUUCAAUGAGCAGAGCGAGCAUGGUGUUCCUGCCACUGAGAGAUCAAACCUCAGGCCAUUGCUUGAUGAUGGAAACGAUGAAGCGCGCACUUCUGAAUGAUGAGUGAGGUCAUCGACCAAGAUGUCUUUUUCUUUCUUAGCCGGAUUAUUUCGGCCGUGCCAGCAAGCAUUGUGAAAUGUAAAUUUGCAUGUCCGUUGGCUGUACCUGUACAUAAAUCAUCAUUUGCUCUAUUGGUCUUCUUGGCUUUUGUGUACAGACUGCAGAUAACUGUAACAGAGUAUGUAUCAGUCGUGUAACUUAUCAGAAAGGUGGGUAAUGUUUGCACAUGUCAA